GCAUUCCUUCAGUGACAGGGUAAUAUUUUUGUUACCAUCAGCAAGUGCUUCCCAAGCGGCAUCAGGCUGGUCUGCCACCGCUUUGCGCUGUUUUAAUCUCUUGGGGUCUCCUUGAAGUGUUCCUGUCAUGGCUUCCAAAGUCAUACCUUGGUUUAAGAGGAAGCAUGUCAAGUCAAGCGAAGUGAAAGUUGAUUAUGCUUACCAUCACAGUAAACAGGUCAAGCAGCAGACGGAAAGGAAAUCAACCUCUAAAUCGGUGACCCAGGUGCAGGCCCAAGCCACAGAGGCUAUGGCGGAACCAGCGUAUACCGUACCGGUGUUCCGGGAUAGGACUUCGGAGGGUACUGAGGAGUAUCAGAGAGUGAGCGCAAAUGUUGGGAAAGGACUUGCUGUUAUCCAGCAGGAGCUCCACAGGAUGAGGGUCGCCACGAAAGUCCAAGUGGACAACCUCGCCAUUCAGCGAGAGGUGAAGGACAUGAUGGCCAAGAAGCCAGAUUUGUUGGACGAUGUCCCUAAGAUGCCAGACUUCCUGGUGGCCCUGCGGCCCCACACUGUGUGGGAGAAGACACCCGUUAAACUGUUCUGCACCGUGUCAGGAAACCCCAGGCCCAUCGUCAAAUGGUAUAAAGGAGGGAAACCAGUCGACCCACUGAGCGCUCCAGGAAAGUACAAGAUUGAGAAUAAAUAUGGAGUCCACAGUUUGAUCAUUAGCAGGUGUGUUGUGAGUGAUACUGCAGAGUACAGCGCUGUGGCCACCAACCAGCAUGGAACCGCUACCAGCAAAGCUACCAUUACUGUGAAGAGACCAGCUGGAUCUGGAGAGUCCUGCCACCUCGGUCUAGUGCCCCAUCUGACUGAGAUCCAUGCCAGUAAGCUGGAGGUGACCCUGCUGGAUCGGUUCCCAGUGUCCUUUGGGGUGGAGGGCAGCUCCAUCAGUCUGGUGUGUACGAUGGUGGUGGUCCCCGACCUCCCCAACGUGCCCCCAAUGGCCCAGUGGUACAGAGACGAUAAACUGCUGAAACCAAGCAAGCUGGCGGAGAUGUCAGUGGGUGGAGGAGUAGCCCGUCUCACCCUGCCUCACCUGGCCAAGGACGAUGAGGGACUUUACACCCUUCGCAUCUUUACCAAGGACGGAACCACUGAACAUAGCGCUUACCUGUUCGUCUCAGAUGCCGCCCCCACUGCUGCCGGUGCCCCGGGUGCACCAAUGAGUGUCAAAGCAUAUGACAUCAACUCAGACUAUGUCCUGGUUGCCUGGAAACCACCCAACACCGUCAAUGAGGCGGCAAUCACCGGAUACUUUGUGGAUCGUUGUGAAGCCGGCAGUGACACUUGGGUCCAGUGCAACGAUGCCCCAGUGAAGAUUUGCAAAUACCCAGUCCAUGGCUUGAGCAUCGGCCGUUCCUACCACUUCCGGGUCAGAGCAGUGAACAGCGCUGGCAUGAGCAGACCAUCCCGCAAAUCUGAUAAAGUGACCGCCAUUGACCCUGCUGAGAGCGAGAGGCUCCAAGUGAUUAAAAUCCACGGCAAAUACGACAUAGUGAUCAAGGAUGAUGAUCUAGAAGGCUAUGUAACUAUCCCGGGGGAGCCCACAGAUGUGCAUGCGUCAGAGAUUUUCAAAUCGUAUGUGGUGCUGAGCUGGAAACCCCCCAGCCCUCGCGGACGAGCGCCGCUGUGGUACGUCAUCGAGAAGUGCUUAGCAGGCACUGGAGCAUGGCAGAAGAUCAACACAGCAGUCAAACUGCAUUCUCCUCGUUACCCCGUUUUUGAUUUGCAAGAAGGACAAAAGUACCAGUUCAGAGUGUAUUCGGUCAACAUGUAUGGCUCCAGCGAGGCCUCGGUGCCCUCUGAGCCCAUCCAAAAGGUUGAUGAGGAUGGCGUCCCCUCUGCUCCGGGUCAGAUCGUUGCCACCAGAAACACCAAGUCGUCUGUGUUCGUGCAGUGGGACUCUCCCAAACAUCAGAAGAACCUCAUGGGGUACUACAUCGAUGGACGCAUUGUCGGAUCCAAGGACUGGUUCCCAUGUAACCACAAGCCCUUCAAACACAACAGGUUUGUGGUCCACGGUCUGAUCCCAGGAGAGAGCUACGUGUUCCGUGUCCAGGCUGUCAAUGUCUUCGGCCUCAGCGAAGAGUCUCAGGAGUCGUCCCCCAUCGCCGUGGAGCCUGCACUCUCGACUCCCAGCGCUCCCUUUGGCAUCACCAUGCUGAGCAGCGACGGCUCCUCCAUCACCCUGGCCUGGCAGAGUCCCAAACACUGUGGCGGCUCCAAAGUCAAUGCCUACUACCUUGACAAGAGAGAUGCUGACACUCUGGACUGGAAGGAGGUCAACCUGGCUGCCGUAAAGGAGAGGAUCUGCACUGUUGAUAAUCUGACAGACGGGACCUUCUAUGAGUUUAAGGUGGCGGCUGGUAACCUGGCUGGUUUGGGCGUUCCCUCAGCUCCCAGUGCCCCCAUGAAAUGUGAAGCCUGGACCAUGGCAGAACCCGGCCCGUCUUAUGACCUGAGCUUCAGUGAGGUCAGAGGCCACUCCCUGGUCCUCCUCUGGAAAGCUCCAGUCUACACUGGGGCCAGUCCAGUCACUGGUUAUUUGGUGGAAAUGGCUAAGAAGGGUUCAACAGAGUUCACCAACCUGACUCCAGAGGCUGUCAGCCACCGUUUUCUGCAGGUUUCUGGUCUGGAAGAAGGUGAAUCCUAUGUGUUCAAAGUUCGUGCUGUCAAUGCGGAUGGCAUUGGAAAAGCGUCCCAGGUGUCUGUGCCAGUCUGCGCUAGAGCUCUUCCAGGCACCAAGGAGAUCGAGGCCGGCGUCGAUGAGGAGACCGGAGAUAUCUUCCUGUCUCUUGAAGCCUGUGAGAUCAGCGAGACGUCCAAGUUUGUGUGGUCAAAGAACUACAAACCAAUCGGCGACUGCCCCAGAGUCUCCCUCAGCACCAAAGGAAGAACCUCCAGACUGACCUUCACCAACCCUGAUAAGGACGAUCUGGGCAGAUACUCUGUGGUCGUCACUGACACAGAUGGAGUCUCCUCCAGCCACACUCUGACUGAGGAUGCUCUGAACACCAUGCUGGAGCUCAGCUACGCCAUCAGACAUCCAGUCGUUCCUCUGAAACACGGUCUGAACUAUGAGAUUCUGGAGAAGGGUCACGUGCGCUUCUGGCUGCAGGCCGUCAAAAUUUCAUCCUCGGUGUCCUACAGGUUCAUCGUUAAUGACAAGGAGGUCACCAGUGGAGAGGGUCACAAAAUCAGUCACGAUGUGGCUACAGGAAUCAUCCAGAUGACUGUGGAUCAUUUCACCAGAGCCAAUGAGGGCACAUACACCGUCCAGAUCCACGACGGAAAAGCCAAAACCCAGAGUUCACUGGUGCUGGUGGGAGACGUGUUCAAAGCUGCUCUGAAGGAGGCCGAGUUCCAGAGGAAGGAGCACAUCAGGAAGCAAGGUCCACAUUUCUCUGAGUAUCUGUAUUUCACUGUCACUGAAGACUGCACUGUUAUGCUGGCCUGCAAGGUGGCCAAUGUGAAGAAAGAGACAGCUUUCCACUGGUACAAAGAGGAUGACGAGAUUGUUCUAGACACUCCCCCCAAUGUCAUGUCUGGAGCCUGUGCUCUUCCAAUCCCACUGUUCUCUAGAAAAGACCAGGGUGUUUACAAGGCCGCUCUCAGUGAUGACAGAGGCAAAGACACAUCUGUGUUUGACAUCUCAGGACAAGUGUUUGACGACAUCAUCAAUGCAAUUGCACAGAUUGCUGGUGCUUCUGCCUCUGAACUGGUGCUGCAGUGUACUCCUGAGGGCAUCAGGCUGCAGUGCUACAUGAACUAUUACACAGAGGAGAUGAAGACCAUCUGGAAACAUAAGGAGAGUAAGAUCGCCUCCUCUGAGAAGAUGAGGAUCGGUGGCACAGCAGAGAUGGCCUGGAUGCAGAUCUGUGACCCAUCUGAUAAGGAGAAGGGCAGCUACUCCAUCGAGAUCUCCGAUGGUGUCAAAACCCACACCAGGAGCUUUGACCUCUCUGGACAAGCAUACACCGAUGCCUAUGAGGAGUACCUGAGACUUAAGGCAGCUGCAUUUGCUGAGAAAAACCGUGGCAGAGUGGUCGGUGGGCUGCCUGACGUGGUCACUAUUAUGGAAGAGAAGUCCCUGAGCCUGACCUGCACCGUGUGGGGCGAGCCGACCCCGGAGGUCACCUGGUUCAAGAAUGAGCAGGAAGUCGCCUCCUCCGAACACACCAAGGUCACGUUUGACGGUGGCAAGUUCGCCAGCCUGGUCAUCAACAAAGUCACUCCCGACGACUCCGGCAAGUACAGCAUCAACGUACGGAACAAGUACGGCGGCGAGUUCGUCGAGAUCACCGUCAGCGUCUACAGGCACGGCGAGAAGAUCCCCGAGCCCAAACUGGGACAGGCCACACCCGCUGCCACGCCCGCGGCCACACCUGCGGCCACACCCGCAGCCACGCCUGUGCCACGCUCCCCCGCUCCCCCCUCCAAGACCCCCACGCCUACACCUUCUAAAUCCCAGACCCCAGCGCCAUCCUUGAAGAGCCCGACUCCUGCCUCCACCCCCGCUUCUACCCCGGUCCCCAAGUCCCCGACCCCCACUCCCAAGUCCCCGACCCCAUCUCGCGGCGUCAAGUCACCAACCCCACCCAGAUUCAUGAAGUCUCCAACCCCACCGAGGAAGUAAACGGUGGAGAUGUUAGAGGGGGAAAUGUUGGCUGUUAGCAACACUGAUUCAUAGCAUAGAGUGUGAAAGUGAGUUUAAAGUUAUUUAGACGUAGACGCUGUUCCAGUCCCACUUUUAAACAAACCGCUGGAAAAACCAGGCUGCACCCGAUUGGGCUGUAUGAUUUUCUGAACCAGCGGCAGGAUAGACCCCCAAAAAACAGGACUUGUACAGCGUCUACUAUCAUACAGUAGACUUGUUUAUAAAUGUUACGUGCCAUCCAGCUGCUCAAUGUGCUUUCAACGUGGGUGGAAAAAAAAUAAGAGAAAAAAGAAAGGCCAGAGAAGACGUUUAUGUGUUUAAAGCUGCACCUUCCACUUUGCGACAUUAGUGGAACGCCUGUAUCAUUUUCUGUAACGUUACUGGAUCAUUGCAGUUUAUUACAUCUUGGGUCUUAUUUUUGUUUAAUAUUGUGCACUCACUGUACUGAUAUUAGAAGAGCGUAAAGAAUCACUGUCUCUUUACAGUUAAUACACACUUCCAUGGUGCAAACCAGUGUUGCAGUGUAUCAGUCACCUGAUCAAAUGACCACAGUUGUCGGCUGUAAAAUAUCUGCUGCUCAUUUAACUUCAGUCGUAUUCAAAAUGGACAGAGUUUUUACUGUUUAAACCAAGCUGCUGAUCGCUGUGCUGCAGUGUCCUCAGCUGCCCUUCUCACAUGUCUGGGUCUGCUGUGAAGUGAAGACGGCAUCUGCAGAGGGUGUGAAGACUGUUAACAGUACACCACGUAUGUGAUAAGUAACAAUGCUAAUGAUACAGCAAGUGGAAGUAUGGAAAAAUUCAAACUGACAUGAAUUCUCUUCAGCUUCGAUCCGCUCUUUGAACAGUUUCCUGACACUUCAGUUACACUCACUAUCUGUUUUUUCCUGUUGUCGCUGUGAUUCAAACCUGUUCGAUCCUGUUUUAUGAAUCAUUAAAACGUGGCUGCUUAGUGCUCCACUCAGUGUUAGAACUGCCAAAAUAACACCAAAGCUGUAAUAAACUGCUUUAACCUGGAUGUUCUGGUGGGAGAUUUAAGUCACUGCAGGAUGUAUUUUGUUUGUUUUGUCUCUGGGAUGAGAAGUUGUCCUCCUUUCUGACCAGCUCCUUUUCUUCCAGGUAGCUGUUGUCAUCAGGAGGCUGUAACGCAGCCGGUUAAUGGCCUUGUGGAUAAAUAAAUAAAAAUCACUUCUUGCUCUGGUUUUUAUGCCAGAGGUCAGUCUGUCUGAGACAUGUUGUGUUUUCCCCCUAUGCUUUGUGAUGGCAAUAAACUUUGCUUAUCAACCUCUG